AAAAUUUGAAGUUUACCUUUACUUUCUACAAAUAUGUACUGUAAAUAUGACGAUAAAUGACAGUAUUCACACUGACAAAGUUAACCAGCACUUAGCUAUUGUCAAUGGGUUGCUACGAAGAAGAUGGCGACCAUUUUGAAAGGCGUUGACAUUUGGCGUUAAAAUAAUACCGUCAGCGAGACUCCACAUUUAUGGCUUUCUACGCACCGUGUUGGUCGAGUACUCCGCCCUGCUGGGUGACUCCCACAAGGCCUUUCAUCGAGCACUUGGAUCAGUCGAGCUUGCUGUCAUUCCACCACACACAGCUCAUGACCCCACAGUUGCCAGGAGAAAAUGGGUUGACCGGGUGCCCCUCAUUUUCAGAACAGACCUUAAAGUUCUUUUUGCAAAGGUCCCUGUACGACUUUGUGGCAGCUCAUCCCAAUAUUUCAUUGAUUGACGACAGGCUUGCUGACUGGUACUUGCGUUUGUCCUCCAACUGCAAACAAGCCAUACAAGAUGAAGGAGGCUUUCACCAGUUCCUGUGGAGACACCCUGCUUUAGAGGUUCUGCAGCAUCAUGUUUGUUUGAAGAAUGACAUAGGAGGAGGCAGACAGGCUGCCAAGCCAAACAUCUCGCACAACCAGCUAACGAAUGGAUGGCCUGGAAAAAGAGAGACGUUUGUGUUAAGGGAGAAGCCCAAGCUCCAGCAGCCACAUCAAGACAGCACAUUCUCCUUGCGAGACAACUUCCAAGUAGCAAGACCUUCUUGCCCCGGGCAGUUCAAUCCCUGCAUAGAAACGCCUGCUUGGGAUCCUGUGGGAGCCCUGGCUGGGUUACGUCUGGACUUGGAGCAGAUGGAUAGAGGCAAUCAAAGGGCUUAUCAAUGUAGCCAGAAGUUGGCGACAGAUGACAGGGCUGAAUGGGCGCCAGUGGGAACCCAGCUCCAGACCGAGAUCUACAAAUUGACAGGAGAUGAAGUCAAGUACAGUGAGUGUCUGUCGCCACAACCUGAGCAGGACCACACCCUGAUGUCCAUUAAGGGUAGCAAAGAACCGUCAGCUGCUGGAGAGAAUCCCUUGGAAGUUCCGGACGUGAACGAUGAUACUGCUGUCUCAAGCAUUGAAAAACAAUGCGGCAUCAUGAAGAAUGAUGACACCAUCAUCUGUGUGUUUAAAGAUCAGAAGACCCAAAUCAGUGAGGCUAGCUCGGGUCCACCUGAAACACAUGUAGCCACCUCCGCGGUGGAUUCCGAGCUUAUGAAAUUAAGCACCGCCAACAAGUGGACUAGCAGUUUGCCUUGUGUAGCCUCCUGCGGUAUCAUGGUGGGCCCUCCAUUCUCCAACCGUUCAUCAGCCUUCACUCAAACUGAAGGUCAGGGUACGGCCGACAAGAACGUAAUCACCGAGGUGCACAUGUCUGACCUGGACUAUAUCGCUCAGCAAUUUAGCCAACUCCAGGCGGCCCCGGAAGGAAGACAACAAACUGAUAAAAGUCAGGAUUACCGACCACGCGAACAGUGCAACUGUGUCCAACGCGCUCGCAGGGCGGAACUGAGCGUGCUGGCCCUGCAGUAUCACUUGUGCCGAAUGCAAUGCUGGGCUCUCCGAUUGCAGGAUAACACCAAUCAAAUGGACACUGAACUUCCUGCCAGCAUUGUGGCUGCUCUGCAAAAACUGGAUUGUGACUACAAUCAGAUGCGAGAGAAGAUCCUGGCAGGCGUUCAUCUGGAGCAUCUCAAACCUUUGUCCGCUGGCUGUGACAGGACUCCUUGCAUCCCCAUUGACCACGUCUUAGAGGCUGUGUCACAAUGGAGCUCCGAGGUUACGCAGAAAGCGAAAAGCCCAGACGAAGACAGCUGCAGACAGGGUGCUCCAAGAAGGACCAGUGUGGUCCACCAGAUCCAAAUGGUCUGUGCCAAGUCAAGGAGCCCUGUCACAAUUGUCUCCAAGGACAACGGCGAGGCGUGGUAUGAUGCCGAGGAAGACUUCCAUCCAACCUCGGCACCUGAGCUGUCAAAAGACCCAGGAUUGGGCAAGGAAGCCAUGAGGCCGUCUGAAGUGGGUGAUUUUAACCUGACACAGGUGACCACGCGGCCUUCUGUCCAGACAAGCUUGGUGGUCAGCAGCACACCCACCCCAGGUGGAACCUUUGUGCCCCAGCGCUACGGGACCAUGAACACGUUCGACACCCUGAUGGCAGAGCUGACCCACUUCCACCCAGACGUGGGAAGGCAGAGGAUUGUGGGGGCUCUGGAGGAGCUGUGGAACACGUACCAAAGUGCCCUCUGUCCCCUGCCCCUCAACAUGAUAAGACAGAUGGCCUCCGACCUCCUGAGCAGGCCUGGUGUAGGAAAGAUGCACUCUCAAUGAGGAAGAGUAGCAUGUUUUUUUUUAUUUGUGGAGGCAACUGUUUUUGUUUGUAGUUCGUUCUCCUGCAAUUAAAAUGACAAUGAGGCAGGUCAGUUAAUGUCUCAGUAAGAGUUGCCUUGUUUUACACCGUCUAAUGAGGAAGUUAUUUUGUUCAUGCAACUGUUUUUGUUUUGGUUGUAGUUUGUUCUCCUGUAAAUACAAUGACAAUGAAGCAGGUUAAUGUCAGUUCAAGUUUGUUUGCAAUUGAAACAGUUGAAGAAAUGUGCAGCAGUUUCCAAUAACGGGGAAAAUAGAAUUUUAUGAAUAAACAAACUUGAAAGCA